GAGUGACCGGGCCCGCUGGAUCGUGGCGCUCACACACAAGGAGAGGCAGAGUCCCGCCAACAAAGGAGACCUGCCCCAGGUGGAGGUCACCAAGGCCUAUCUGGCCAAGCAGGCGGACGAGAUCACCCUGCAGCAGGCGGAUGUGGUCCUGGUUCUGGAGCAGGAAGACGGAUGGUUCUACGGCGAGAGGCUGAGAGAUGGGGAGACGGGCUGGUUCCCCGAGGACUUCGCCCGAUGCAUCACCAGCCGCGUGGCCGUGGAGGGCAACGUGCGCAGAAUGGAGCGCCUGCGCGUGGAGACAGACGUGUAGCCCGCUCUGCCCGGCGAUUCGAGGGGCGCAGAUCCACACCCCAGUAAGCGGCCCGGCCCCCAGGAGCCUGACAGCCCGCGGGUCUCCCGAGGCUCUGGGGGCUGCAGUGCCAGCUGCAGACGCAUCCGGUGGGAAGCUCUCACGCGCCGUCACCCCCCCCCCGGGGGCCCCCCUCCCCCAAGCUGUCAGGGCCCCGCCAGCUUGGCCCCACGUCUCCCACACGUCCUGCACCCACCGCACCGCCACGCAGGGCACGUGACUGGACGCAGGACGUGGCCCGGCUCCUCCCUCGCCUCUCCUGCCCCCCAUGUGGGACCGAGGGCCCCACUCUCCGAGAGGAGGUCCCGCCUCAGGGAGCGGACUCUGGUGCCAGUGCUGAAAUCCUGACUGAGGUUUUCACAGACAUUAAAGAAAGUAUUUCUUUA